GGAGCUCCCGAGGUGAGCGUGUGGCGGCGGCGCGGCGCGGGACCAUGGCGGCGGCCGUGCGGGUGCUGCCCGCCUCGCCCAACUGGUACUGCAGCCGCUGCAGCGACACCAGCGGAGAUGGGCGGCUCUUCGGCUUCGCCGCCAGGCACCGCAUUAGCGUGCUGGAUGUCAGCACCGCUACGCCGACGUUUCACGGGGAGCUGAUCGGGCACACGGAGCGCGUCGCCGCCUUCGCCUUCUGCCCGCACCGCGAGCACGGCUCUCUGUGCGCCAGCGGCUCGGACGACGGCAGCGUGCGGCUGUGGGACGCGGCGGGGCUGGCGCUGCGGGCAGAGUACGGCCUGCACCAGAAUGCAAUCACAGCGUUACACUGGUCACCCCUUGUGAAAGAUCUGAUUGUAUCCGGCGAUGAAAAAGGGGUGAUUGUUUGUUACUGGCAUAGCAGAAGUGACAGCCAGCAAUUCUUCCCAGAGCCUCGGACUAUUUUUUGCCUUGCUUGUUCUCCUCAUCAUGAAAACCUGGUGGCUAUUGGCUACAAGGAUGGCAUGGUGGUUAUAAUUGAUAUCAGCAGGAAAAGAGAAGUUCUUCAUCGGCUCAGAGGUCACGACGAUGAAAUUCAUUGCCUGGCCUGGUGUCCUGUACCUGGUGAAGGAAGGUUGCCUGCUUGGCAAGAUGAGCUCCAAGAAGAAGGUGACGUUCCAAAUGGGGAGCUUAAACAAGAUACAGCCAUGAAGAAAAGUUGUUACUUGGCUUCAGGAAGCAAAGAUCAGACGAUACGAAUAUGGAGCUGUACUAGAGGCAGAAGUGUAAUGACUCUGAAGUUGCCACCCACAAAGAGGAGAGGUGGAGCUGUUGAUCCUGCUGUUAAAGAGCGAAUUUGGCUCACUGUUCACUGGCCUUGUGGUCGUCCCACAGAAAUUGUAUCCAGCUCUUUUGGAGGAGAACUGCUACACUGGGAUUUGACCCAACCUGGAAAACGCAAGUGGACGCUUCUGGGAUCUUCAGAAGGACAAAAUCACUCCCGUAUUGUUUUCAAUCUGUGUUCCCUGAAGCAUCAAGACAAAGAGCUGCUUCUUUCCAUUUCAAUGGACAGAGAUGUAAAGUGCUGGGACCUAUCAACUCUGGAUUGCAGCUGGUCAAUGCCUUCCCUUGGGGGAUUCGUCUAUAGUCUCGCUUUCUCCCCUGUGGACCCAGGCUGCCUCGCUGUUGGUGUUGGAGACAGCAUGAUCCGUGUAUGGAACACUUUGUCUAUGAGCAACAUCUAUGAUGUUAAAACCUACUGGCAAAGCAUCAAAUCCAAGGUUACAGCACUGGCUUGGCAUCCAACUAAAGAAGGUUGCUUGGCUUUUGGAACAGAUGAUGGAAAAGUUGGCAUAUUUGACACAUUAUCCAGCAGUGCUAAGAAUAAGCCACCUCAGAUCUCCAGUACUUACCACAAGAGGACUGUAUACACAUUAGCCUGGGGGCCUCCAACUCUUCCUCUAUCUGCCGGAGAAGAAGGUGAGCAUCCCUCUGUAACUUUGUAUAGUUGUGCUGGAGAAGGUAUUGUUUUUCAACACAACCCUUGGAAACUUAGCGGAGAGGCAAAUGACAUCAACAAAACCAUCAGGGACACUAAUUCAAUCAAACACAAACUGCCUGCGCGUACAGAGAUCAGCUGGAAACCAGAUGGCAAACUCUUGGCCCUUGGCAAUGAAGAUGGGUCAAUUGAAAUAUUUCAAGCUCCAAGCUUGAAGUUGCUCUGCACUAUCCAGCAGCAUCACAAAUUGAUUAACGCCAUUCGGUGGCAUCAUGAGCAUGGGAGCGAUCCAGAGUUGAGUUACUUGAUAGCUUCAGGCUCAGUCAAUGCCAUUAUCUAUGUGCAUAAUCUGAAGAGUGUCAUAGAGAGCACUUCAGAAAGUCCUUUGACUAUAACAGAGCCUUUUAGAACUCUGGUGGGACACACAGCAAAAGUCACAAGUCUUUCUUGGAGCCCCCACCACGAGGGAAGAUUGGUAUCAGCUUGCUAUGAUGGCACUGCACAGGUGUGGGAUGUUAUGAAGGAAGAGCCGCUCUGCAACUACCGGGGGCACCAGGGCCGGCUGCUGUGUGUCCAGUGGUCACCGGUGGACUCAGAUUCCAUUUAUACAGGAGCUGAUGAUUUCUCUGUUCACAAGUGGCUCAUCUCAAAGCAGGAGCAUACACGGCCCCCUCAGGGCAAAAAAAGUAUAGAAUUGGAGAAAAAAAGAAGUAUCCAACCGAAAGUAAAAGCCAAGAAGAAGAAAAAGCCUGUAGGAAAGAGUCCAACCAAGCAGGAUCUAAGUGAUGCCAUGAAUGGAGAUGAGAGCAUGAAGGAUACAUUGCUAGAGGAAAAUGGAGUGUCUGACCAUGAAGGAGAAAAAGAAGCUCAGGAGACAGAGUUGUCCAAUAAAGAUUGUGUGGCUGUGCCCAAGGAUACAUCUUUAUCUGCAUAUGAUUACUCUUCAUUCAGCUCAUCAAAGCCUUUUGUAACCCAGAAAGCCACUCCUGUGAAAAAGGAUCCACCCAAAGAGAAACCAGCUCCUGAUGCCUCUCUGAAGAAGAGGAAACCUCGCUCUCUUUUACCCUUCAGCACAUCUAUGGAUCACAGAUCAAAAGAUGAAUUGCAUCAGGAUUGCUUGAGGCUGGCAACGUGUCUGAAAACCAAAGAUCAUAAUGAAGAUGUGUCCCCUGACCUCCAGAAUCGCAUCCACUUGGGGCUGUUCACAGACAGAGCUUCUCUGCACAACAUGAUUGAUGUGGAAGGAAAAUACCACUUGGAGAAUGGACAUCCAGAGCUCUUUCAACAGCUCAUGUUGUGGAAAGGAGACAUGAAGGGUGUACUCCAGGCAGCUGCUGAGAGGGGAGAACUGACAGACCAGCUGGUAGCCAUCUCACCCAUGGUUGGAUAUCAGGCUUGGGUUUGGACAGUAGAAGCCUUUGCAAAGCAGCUGUGUUUCCAGGAGCAAUACGUGAAGGCUGCCUCCCAUCUCCUGUCCAUUCAUAAGGUGUAUGAAGCUGUCGAGCUCCUGAAAGUGAAUAAUUUUUACAGGGAAGCAAUUGUAAUUGCUAAGGCUCGGUUGCGUCCAGAAGAUCCAAUUCUGAAGGAUCUCUACACCAGUUGGGCAGCUGUAUUAGAAAAAGAUGGUCAUUAUUCCAUGGCUGCCAAAUGUUAUCUGGGUGCUUCCUCACCCUACGAUGCAGUUAAAGUGCUGGCAAAGAAGGGGGAUGCAGCAUCCCUUAAAACUGCUGCUGAGCUUGCUCUGAUAUCUGGAGAGGAGGAAUUGUCAGCAAGUUUGUCUCUCAGAUGUGCCCAAGAAAUGCUGUUAUCCAGGAACUGGGUUGGAGCACAGGAAGUCCUUCAGCAACAGAAAACUUUAUUUGGGCAAAGACUCGUUUUCUGCCUCAACGAACUGCUUUGUAAGUGCCUUAGCGAAAGAAAUCCCUGUAAUCGAAGGAGCCCUGUGCCUCCCUGUUACCACAGCUGGGAGCUGAACAGAGAUGCCUCCUUUUUCGACAUGGUGAUAGAGGUAUGGCAGAAGGUCCUAGGCAUGGACACCACUGAAAAAGCCACGUGUGCAUGGGAGCAACUGCGCAGUGUUGAGCAUCUUCCUUGUACCAGCAACACUCACCCAAAGCAGGUGCUUUUCUAUAUCUCCCAUGACCUGACCCUCGCAGCACUGAGCUAUCAGGCUGCUGCCUGGGAUGAUGCAGUGAAAAGUAUUCUUGGUGCCGUGGCCCGUGGUUACGAUGCUGGCAAUUUUACUCUGAUGCAAGAAAUUUGCAGUAUUUUCCUUCCUGAAGGCUGUGAGAACCUGAGAGACAAACUGGACAGCACAAAUUCUCAAAGUGUAGAUGCUUGCAGAAGUUUAGAGGGCUUUGUGGCUUAUGGACUGCUGUAUGACCUGUGGUGGAACCCACCCAAAAGUUCUUCUGCCAUGCAAAAGGCUGGUUUGGAUCCUGUGUUGUGUCCCACUGAGCAGACAGCUCUUGAGCAGAGUUGCAUUCCUGAUCACUCCUCUCCUGAAGAAACUCCUGAUCAAACUGCAGUUGAGAUGGAUGAAAACCUCAGCAGUACAACUGAAUUUAAUAGGUGCAGCGACUCAGAAAGUAACUCAGUCAGUUUGGCAGACAGACAGUCAAAACUGAAAGGCUGCAAAGUGCUCCUUUCAGAAGCGAUUGCUGCUUUACAGAGCACACAGAGAGAUAUAGCUGAGGUCCAGAAAAUUUUGGCAGACAUGAUCCACCAGCAUCAGCAGCAGAGGAAUAACCCCCAGGGAAGCACAAAUGGAAGUGUCCAUGAGAACAACGUGCAGCAGAGUUCAGAGAACGAAUGGGAUGAACCAUGCUCUGACAGCAGUCAGGUUAAGCGUAAAGAUGAAGAAAAAGAAACAGUUACCCUCCCUGAACUAACAAAGCGACUCUUAGAAGCAAAGCAGAAAUUAGCAGAAUUUCCAGACAGUUUAAAGGUCUUUCCGUUCCCUGAUGUGCUGGAAUGCUGCCUUGUCCUCCUUCACAUUGGAGCCCAGUGUCCUCCUGAAUUACGUGAACAGGCAGUGGAUCUCCUUAGGAAACAUGGUAGUGCUGAUGUUUAUGGAAAGGCUGCCAGGAAGUUCUUGACGUGACCUUUUGAGACCAGACAUCUCCUUUGAGCUGCUCACAGUUACUUAGCACCAAUUAACACCAAGACUGUUCUUUCUUCAAAGUGAAGGCUUGUUUCUACAGAUACAGUUACUGAUGACUGCUGUUUUGGAUAAAACUACAAAACAAUUGGGUUUAUAUACAUACAUCCAUGGUUAUCAACUACUACUUAAUGGGAUUGCGUUAGGAAAUUGAAAAGUAGUAGAUUGCAGCCUUGAAACUUUACAGGAGUUUUAUGGCACAGGAAGUGAUGCUAAGGAAAUCUCUUGGAAUUUACAUGCAAAGUAGUUUUGAGCAGCUGUCUUCCAGCAGAAGAGCACUAGCUGCCCUCUGAAGAAAAUAAUGAUUCCUUCAAGUAGUCUGACCUUUGAACCAGUGUUGUGUGACUUUAUAAAGUGUGACUUUAUUUUCCCGUCUUUAAAUAAAGUCUUCUACAAGCAGGAA